AUGACUUUAUAUAACGACGGUGCAGAUUUUGAUCAAGACUCAGCACUGGUCAAUCUGCUUGUUCGUCUACUAAAAUUCGAUCUAUACGUAUGUGUGGUAACGGCUGCUGGAUACCACACGAACGCGGAACGAUAUGAACAACGUCUCUCGGGGUUACUUAAAGGUUUUGAAAGAGCAAAUUUACCAAAAGAGAUCGUGGGAAGAUUUUUCCUUUUAGAAAAUUAUCAUUUAAAAUAUAUACCAGAACACGUUUAUCAACCUGAAUUCGUUAGCAAAUGGACACCAGACCAAAUUAGCAAGUUAUUAGAUGUGGCAGAGGAGAAUCUACGGGCAUGUGUUGAUGAGAUGCGUCUUCCGUGCACGGUAUUACGGAAGAGCAAAGCUGUUGGAAUUGUGCCAAAGCCAAAAGUUAAAAUAUUUCGUGAACAACUGGAUGAAUGUGCACUCUCUACCCAACAUCGUCUCGUAUCGUUCAUGCAAUCGCCAAAAGGCAAAGAAUUCCAGUUACCUUUUUGCGCGUUUAAUGGCGGAAGUGACGUUUGGGUAGACAUUGGGAAUAAGUUGAUCGGUGUACAAAUCCUUCAAGAGUUUUUGGGGGCUACGUCUGAACAGACAUUACACGUUGGAGAUCAGUUCCUAUCUACCGGCAAUGACUUUGCCACGCGAAGCCAAUGCUGUACACUCUGGAUUAUAAAUCCGGAGGAGACUCAGCAGGUUCUUGUGGAACUGGAUGUGUUGCUGGAUGCCAAAAAGUCGUCUCGUGUGGUGGCGGUUGCACAUCAUUUACAUUAA